AUGAAGCUGACAAGAAAGGUCUGGUUUGCGGUUGGGAAUUUCUUGAAAUUGUCCCAAAUGCUUCUCGAUAUCCCAGAAAAAUCCUGAGAGCCUUAACCUAGGGACCGCAGAGCCACGCUUACUUUGCUGUUCAAAAAAUGUCGUCAUUUUCGUUGCAUUUUGGUUCUUUUUUAUAUUCUAAAACAGUUUUCUUGCACUGAUUUGGGAAAAAAUUGGGUGAAACAUACAAUCGACUACGCUUAAGAAUCCUACAUGAAAGAAAAUACUGAGAAAUGAGAAAUUAACCUGUACAAUUUUCUAACUUCCAAGUAAAAAAGAACCCUCAAAAUCCGUUAAAAGAAGCCUUUUUUGGGCUUCGAGCCCUAAUUCCCCAAAACUAGGAAGUUGUGCAGGUUGAGAAUUCCUGAUACGUCAUGGAGUUUUCUGACCAAUUUUCAAAAAAUUCCUAACCACAAACUGAAACAACCUUCCUUGUAGGGUUCGAGUUUGACUUCCUAAAAAGAAACAAGAUUCACCAAAAAACAAAUUUUCAUUUUUCCAGGUCAUGCCACCUUUUGAAGGGCCACAGCGAGCACCGAACCAACGAGUGGAAGUCCCAAGAAGUUCUAAGGUAAUCAAAAAUAGUUUUGCGUUCUCUCAAAUUGGGUUGGUAUCAGAAGCUGUGUCCAGGCGUUAGAAGGCAGGUGUUCUCACCGCAGCAAUUCGCUUCACGACCAGAAAAAAGCCGUCAAGGAGUUCGUCGCAAAGGUUGAAUUUUCGAAUAUGUUUCAACCAGUGAAAUCUUUAAGAUCGAAGUGAUACUCCUGAAUCAGUUGUCUGCCAACCUGGAGCGACAGAACGAACCUGAUCGACGACUUAUAUCUAGAAUAAAUAGAGUUUGAAGUUCCGAAAGAUUCAAUAUGUAACGGAAGGUUUAAGUCACUAAACUCCUUGGAGAUGCAGGACUCCAGGCCAUCGAUCUAUCACAUCCCGUCGCCUUCAAGGCCCGCUUAUAAGACUUGGAACCUGAACCACGCCGAUCCUGGGAGGUUCAGAGGCAACGAAGACCUGUAACGAUUCUUUUCAGAAUGGCUCAGUUGGUGGAAAUGACUGCCGAAAUUUUGCAGCUCCCGCGCCAACGCGAACUAGUUAGCAUAAUUAUUUCAUUUGAAAGAUUUUAUAAUCAUUUCCAGGAGGAGGAGCGAGAGUUUCUGAAAAAUCCACGGGAAUGGGACUCGAAGCAGGCGGCCUCUCUCAUCUCGGCCAGCAUCGGACUGCCAACUUCGGAUUUCGCGUACUUCUUUUCUAGUUAUUCUAAAAGACCUUUUCGCUUUUGAACAAAGUGUGAAAAUUUUUGAAAUUCCUGACAAAUCGGCAACAAAAAGUCGUUCAGGUCACGAUGUUCCACCCCAGCUCAUAGUGAGCAGAGAAGACGUGGCAACAGCGUCGACUCCCACGUUCCCCUCGAACCAUCGGUCUUCGUGAGUCGAAGGAAGGCCUCUCAACAUGAGAAUGUUUUUGAGGUACGCGACCGUCCGUCAGUGACGUCUUUCCGAGAGCGUUCUACUUCCACUGAUGAAAACGAAGUAAUGUGAGUUUCUUUUCCUAUCAUUAACACUAAUAAGGGAACUGUUUUCUUCAAGGCAUGCUGAUUCCGAAUCAAAAAUCAAAUUUCUGCACUUUUGCCUCAUAGUCGAGUUAUGACGGCUCAAAUUUUGCACGUGAGGAGAGUGGAACGCGGAAAAAAGGAAUAUGGCUUGCGCCCGCGCAUUUAAUUUCAGUUUGCAGGGUAGUGUAGUGGCUAGAGACCUAGCAGUGCGGAGACGGUGGUCCGGGUUCGAAUUCUCUCGAAGAAAUUUAUUUUUUUACCAAUUUUUUUCCUUAAAAAGAAAACUUUUUUUGGAAUAAGCAUGCCUUAAAGUUCAUCUUAGCGAAGUUUUAUCAAAAUUUCAAAGGGGGAAUAGUUGCCUUGUAAGAAUAAUCGCCGAGAUGGAAGCGAAGCCACUGGAGGUAAGUUGGUGACCUCGCAAAAAUGCUGCUUUGUAGCCCCGGUCUGGCAUUUUUCGAUUUCGCAUUUUGGAAACUUUGUAAUUCUUUUUUUUUUUCAAAUGCCUGGCAGUUACCUUAUAAAAAGAAAUGAAAAAUAUUGAACCAAAAAUGAACUUUAUCAGCAGAUCGCCCGCGUUCUCGCAGUUUUCCUUGCAUUCCACGCCUUCCACAGCCGUCUCCUCAUUGCCCGCCUAUCCGGAGAGCAGCCAAGCCGUGAGAACUAGUCGGUCGAGCCGUGAAACGGUGUUGUUCAGUCAGCAACAUCGCAAACUGUCACGCCGGUGCCGUCGAUGGCGGCGGGACGUGAAGCGAGCGACCACGACGAUCGCUCCUUCGGCAAGAACUUCCUCACGCGGCCCAUCUGCGUGCACGCCUUCAACACCAGGUCUCGUCCUGAGCAGCUCGCCGUCACCGACAGUUGUGGAGGUUCUUUUUUCGAUGAUUUUUUUUUAUAUAUCUGCUCUAAAAAUCUUGAAAAGUCUGAAUACAUAAAACUUUUAGGGCAUUUAGAGGUUCCGAGAGAUUAAGAGUCCAUUUAUAUUUUGAAAUAUUUUGAAGGUUUCCUUUGACCUUGAGGUAUCACCUUUCAAAAGUUUAGAGGUUGAGAUUUUUAGGAUCUUCUUUUGAUACAUGAAGGAACCUUUUGGCCAAUUUUCAGUAAAAUCUCAAACUCAAAGUAAAAUGACUUUUCUUGUGAGAAUCUUAUUUUCAAACCUUUGUGAAGUUUGAAACGGACGUAAAUAUAAUAUAGGGGGCGGAAUAGUUAUUUUUUGUCACAGUUUUCCUUUUCAGGAGUUUACAUAACUGAAAUGGACGGUACGGUCAACGAACACAUUCUGAUAAAGAAUUCGUCCGCCAGCUCGAUUUGUGUCGACGAAAAGAACGAUUUGAUGUUGAAAACUUUCCUUUUGACGAAAUAUAAUAUUUUUUCUAGGUAUGUCAGUAUAAUGCAGUCGAAAGGUAGAUCUGUCCACGUUUUCGACAUUUCUGAAAACUUCAGGAAAAUCGAUGUAAGGUUUUUGAACUUUUUUAAAAAGUAUGAGCUUUUUUGCGCAGGUUAUCGCUUGUCCAAAGGAUCCUAAAAUAGAAAUGAGUCGAACGAGAUGGAUUACUGUAGACCCGCGAGGUCACCUCUUCAUGUGCUCCGGCGACAACGUCAAAAGCGCCUUGUGGACAUAUGUUAGGAGUAAAAAGGUAUUCAAAAGUCAAAGUGCCCUUCUAGUAGUUUCAUACAAGGCUUGGAAGACGCUCAAAGAGUCCAGGAAAACGCGCUAUCAAUACUUGAGCGUUGCAGAAGAUCAGGCGGAAUACAAGUAAGACUUGCUUCCCUAAUAGAGUGAAAAGAACUUUCUCCAGAGCUGUCGUGCUCCUGACCUGCGACGCGGCGACCAACCGGCUCCUGCUGUUCGUCGUCGACCACACGAUGAGCCUGAUCAACGAGUACGACUUGAGCAAGACCUACCGACUCUCGGAGCACAUCUCCUCUCCGGCUUCGGCUAUCGUCGAUAAGGUGGGCUUCCAUUUUUUGUUCUUCUCUCACACUGGCUUUCAGAACGGAAAUCUUUUGAUAUUGGACUACGCGAACGGAAAAGUGUGGAUUUUGCUGUCGGGCGUGAAGGGAAUCCGAAGACUGAAGCAAGUUCCGAUGACGCCGCCUCUCAAAUCACAAGAGGCUCUUGGGAUUUGUGCCAAGGUAUUGUCCGCUCUUUUUUUCCUGAUUGCGGUCUGAUCAAAGGGAAAGAUAGAUAAUAAAUGGUUCAAAGCUUUCCGUUCUGAUUCCGAACAAUUAUAGCCAAUUCAAGGAUAGCUUUGGUACGUUGAGGGGGCGUGGCAUGUCUGCGCUCUCUACCAUCCAGGCACUUCCUCUUUUGUUAUCGUGUCAGAACCUUUUUUUUUUUUUGAUGGCUCAAGCCAGUCGUGAACAGCUAUACCUAUUCUAAACGGAAAAAGGAUACGUUUUGAAUUUUUUUUUUCUCUAAAAGAGACCGACCUUUUUUUUGAAAGUCAAUAAAGACUAAGAUUUUCGAAAUUCAAAGUCCGUCCGUCGUGAAUUGACAGUUUUCGCAUGUCUGCGUCUCUAUGUUCCCUCACCGGCAAGGUCAGAGAAACAUGGAUAGAGCACGUAAACAGGAGAGAGACAUCAAAAGAUAAGGAGGGCGCAGAGAAGUCCCGUCCUUUUAACUCGUGAAAAAACGGAUUAUAAUUUGAGCAGCUACUUUUUUUUUUCAUAUUGUCAGUUUUGUCCUACAACUUUUGUCCCAAAAGACCUGGGUAUCACAAUUUCAAAAUGUCUUUCAGUUAAACUUUUUAACGGACCACGAGGUUUCAAGAGUUCAAAAAGACGAAAAUAUUGAAUCUCUCCAAACGACUCUUGCAGGGCGACUUUAUACUUCUGGCCUUGUUCAACCGAAGAGAAGUCCGACAGACCCGCUACUUGGAGAACGGGGUUUUCCACGCGGCCGCGUCGUCUUCUCCAGCUCUGACACAGAAACGCAGCUCAAGCUUGCCCAGGCCUUCCGAGAGUCGCCUCUGA